AUGUCCAAGAUCACAUCAAUCAACGACAGCUCGCACUUCAAGCGCGUCCUUUCCGGCGCCACCUACACCAUCGUAGACUUCUAUGCCGACUGGUGCGGGCCUUGCAAAGCCAUCGCACCAGUCUUCAAUCGACUGGCCGACACGGAAACCAAGCCCGGCAAGGUCCAGUUCUGCAAGGUGGAUGUAGAUGCGUGCCAGGACGUGGCGCGGCAGUAUGGCGUUUCCGCAAUGCCCACCUUCCUCGUCCUCAAAAACGGCUCCGUCGUCGAAACCGUCCGUGGCGCAAACCCCGCCGCCCUCACCGCCGCCGUCCGCAAAGCCGUCAACGAUGCGGGGACCAAGCCGGGCGCUGCAUUCCAGUCUAAAGGGUACACGUUGGGAUCUUCGUCGACUCCUAGUAGGCCCGUUAAUCAGGGGGCGUUUAGCGGGUUGCGUGCUGGGUUGUCUGGGAAUGGGGGGUUUGGUGAUUUGCUGGUGCGGUUCUUCGGUCUUUAUUUCAGUAGUUUGUUCUCGUUCAACGCUUACCAGGCUGCUGAAAUGAGCCCUUUUAAUAUCCGGGCGCGGAGAUGA